AUUUGGGUUAUAAAGGGUCAGUAAAAUUAUUUCAAUUAUUAUAUUUCGUUAUCCUUGUUGCUAAAUAAAUUAAGUAUAUUAUAAAACCGGUAAAAUAUCUUUCUUGUAAAAUGGGAUUUAAAGGAGGACCAGCUCCAAACACAUACAAUCUGCCUGGUGGUACAGGUCAUAACUGUCAUGAUGUGACUAAAUUGCGAGUUCCAGCAUACACUAUGAGGAUCAAGCUAGAUGACAGAUCCGUUGGUCUUGGUCCGGGAAUGUAUAACCUCAAAAAUAAAACAAGAUUUGGUUGCUCAGGAGCUCCAUCAUACACCAUGGCAACUAAACUUCCAGAGCUGUGUGAGUCAUUUAUGAAAUUUUUAUUUUUAAAUAGAUAA